AUGUCGGGCAUCCCACCAGUUGCUAUGAAGGAGAACGACAGAGUGUCAUUUCUCUAUCCGAUGUUAAGUCCUCACAAUUAUACUAUGUAUGCAAUAAAGACAGAGGCAAUUCUUGAUGCCCAGGGAGUCUGGGAGGCAGUUGAGCCAGUGGAAGGAGCCCAGGUGGAUGCAAAGAAGGAUAAAAAGACACGUGCAUACAUCUUGCAGUGUAUCCCUGAAGACAUACUUCUCCAUAUCGCAAAAAAGAAGACGACGAAGGAAGUCUGGGACAACCUCAAGACGAGAUACCUUGGUAGUGAUCGAAUGAAGAAGGCACGCAUACAAACGUUGAAGAGCGAGUUUGACGCCCUCCUGAUGAAGGAGACUGAUACGAUUGAUGACUUUACUGGCAAACUCAGCGCUAUGAGGAGCAAGUUCUCCGCUCUUGGUGCCGCGCUUGAAGAUUCAUCUUUGGUUCACGAUUUUGAGACGAUACCAUUUGAGGACACUAUUGGGCGACUGAAGGCGUACGAGGAACGAACACUACGAUUACGCGGCAACACCAACGACACUGAAGGUGAGCUCCUACUUACUCAUGUCGCAUGGCAAAUGCGACAAAAGGGGAGCAAUGUGGACACUUCGUCAGGAGGCAAGGGGAGUGGGUCCAGCAGCCCUAGUCAUGGCAAAUGGCGUGGGCGAGGGCGCGGUCGUGGCCUUAGUACACAACGCCAAGACAGUGCAGGAGGGACUAGCGGCAACAACAGUGGCACUCAAGACAAGAGCCAUAUAAAGUGUUUCAAUUGCGAGAAAAUGGGGCAUUAUGCGUCUGAAUGCUACAACAAGCGUCGUGAUGAAGCUCACCUCACUUGCGCCACCGAUGAAGAGUCAGCACUGAUGAUGACCGUGUCCCACGAGGAGUCUCACACUAGGCGUGAGCGGUAG